GACUCUGUGGAUCAGGUGAAACUCUGCUCCAAUCCCGUUUCCCAGCGGUGCUGUGGGUGUAGAAGAACGACAUUGGUCACAGAUAGUCAGUCUUUCUGCCAAGGGCAAUGUCAGGAAAGAUGUGCAGCAAUAACAGUGUUGUUCAGACACAGAAGCUGGUGGAUCAACUUCGAGUGGAGGCAGGCAUGGAGAGAAUCAAGAUCUCCCUGACAGCAGCAGACUUGGUCCAGUACUGCAAGGACCACAGGCGCAGUGACCCUCUGCUCACCGGCAUCGCAGCUUCAUCCAAUCCUUUCAAAGAUAAGAAGACCUGUGUGCUGCUCUGACCGUCCUGAGUACAGAUUGCCAGCACAUAACAGACCGCCAUGGACAAAACGUGUCUGAGAAUGCGACUGCAGAUUUCCACCUGUCAAAUGUAUUAACUCACAAAGGCAUUUCACACUUGAUCUGUCUCCCUGCCUCUAAUGAGGGAGCAGAAAACAUGCGACACUGUUUAUUACAAGGACAUCACUGGUUAUAAAACAUGUACUGAUCAUGACUAAAAGUUGGUAAGUAGUUCAUUUUUUUCACUUAACAACUUUAAGUGAUUUUACUGCUCUUUAUAACAGCAAAAUUAAAAUAAAGCUUCAAUUUGAUAAAAGGAAAUAAGUCAACUUCACAUGAAAUACUGAGGCUGUGUGAGCAUAGAAAUCUCUUCUGUCACGUUAAGUUCUAAAGCCAAUAAAAUUAUUGUCCAAAAAAUAAAUAUGAGAAUACCUCGUUGAUAAUUGUUCAUGUCAGUAAAAAUACACUGAACCAGCUUUUUGCAGAUAAAAACAUGGAACGUCAAAAAUGUGCUUCAUGGACCCUUCUUCUACCUUGAUAUGUGGUAGAAAUACACAUGUAAUUUAUAAACAAUUGUAUUACUAUAGAUCAUAAUAAAACAAUAAUAUCAAAGUCUAGAUGAUUGAAAAUAAUUAUUAUGUUCUCUGCGUCCUCUGCCAUUAGAGGAGAUGCCUAUGUUGUUUUAUUUAGAUCUGUGACCUACUGAGUCCAGUAUCACACAGAUUGAGCGACGGAACCAAACAAUUUCAGCACAAACACAAGCAUAUAAAAAUGAUUAUCUUAUAUUUUAUAGAUUGCGGAGAUCACAGGUGUCUCUGAAUUUAGCAAUCCUGCUGUUAGGGUUAGGGACAUUUACCGUCAUUCAUGUCAGCGAGGGCUCAUCCGUCAUCGCUGCUUCACUGUGUGUGUGAGUGUAAUGCUGCGUUCCAGACAACUCGUAUGUCAAAUGUAACAUCAAAUGUAAACCAACAUGUCUGACUGUGAGAAGCUGAGUCAAUUGUGUUGUGAUGAGACAAUUCAAGUGUAGCCAGUGCAGCCUCCGUUCGUACAGAAACAAAGAGGAGGACGAAAACGCCAUGAUCUUUUUAUUAGACUUUUAUUCUUGGAAACACAUUUAAAAUGGGUUAUCACUUUAAAAGGCAUGAAUGCUGCAACAUUCAAAAACUCAUUUUAAAUUUUAUAUUUUUGAUUUUUAAAGCAUUUCAUGAACCUCUGUAUGUAAGGCCAUGUAAUACACCUGCUCCCAUCAGAUGAGGAACAGAUAAUGAUCUUAUUACAAUGUACCCAACCUUUUCAUUUUUUUUGAUUUGUUUAUUUAUUUAUUGCAAUUAUUAUUACCACUUUUGUGUAUGUAACUGCAUGUGUAUAUAUAUUGUGUAUUUGUUCUUUGGUGUGAUGUGUUGAAUGAUGCAUUGCUUAUGUAUCUUAUCUUAUCUUAUGUAUUUAUAGGUGUGCCUCAGAUUUUU